AUGAGUGAUAAAAAUAAAAUAUUACCCUGGCAUUUAUUGCCCUACCAGGCAAACAUUCUUAACCAUUGGUACAACCAGAUAGCUUUAAACUCAAGAUUUUUUGAGAGUAUUAAAACACCAGUGGCUUCCAGAACGAGCUCCGGGUUCCAUAUCAGUGAUAUUUUGGAGUUAAAUGAAGCCAAACCGUCGGCACAAGACGACAAUCAUGCGACAACAAUUCUUCCAAACAAUGAUGUAUCAUUGGCCUACCAACAACUUUUGGAACACGCAGUCCAACAUGGAAACCUGAGAAAUUCGUUACCACCCCCGCCGCCACCUACAACGCUACCACCACCAGGACUUCUAGGAUGGCCGACGGGACCAAUCCUGCCGGUGUCAGUGCCCCAAACAUUAGCCGAAAUGACUGUUCACCAACAGCAGCAACAACAGCAACAACAGCCCGACUCAACCAGUCCAACAAUAUCAGACCUAUCAUUUCCCUCGUCGCAGCAAGACAACGGGAACGACUCUUCCAAAGAUGAAGAACAAGACUUCGAAGAAGCGGAAGAACCCGCUGAUGACCACGAUCACGAUAACGACCACGACGACCACAAUGACGACAAAUCAUCAUCGCGAACCCACGACCUGAGUGACCACCACUCCGGUCAUUGCGGAAAGAAACAAAGAAAGCGCAGGGUUCUGUUCUCAAAAGCCCAGACCUACGAACUGGAACGAAGAUUUCGUCAACAGAGGUACCUUAGUGCUCCAGAACGGGAACAUCUCGCUUCAAUUAUCCAGCUUACCCCGACCCAAGUGAAAAUUUGGUUCCAGAACCAUAGGUAUAAAACGAAACGCGCCCAAAAUGAACGCGUUGAAGCGGGUGCCAGUGGGUGCUCGCCCCGGCGAGUUGCGGUACCUGUUCUUGUGAGGGAUGGAAAACCCUGUCAGUCAAAAUUAGUCGAGUCGACGUAUUCGGGAAGUGCCCAGGUAAUGGCCUCCCCGUAUAUGCAAAAAUCAUUUUGGUGGUGA